GACCAAAGAAAAGACCAUCUGAAUGCAAUUCAAGUUGGACCUGAGAAAAGAUACCAAGCAAUUAAGUACAUUACCACUUGACAAAGAAAAACCUAGUAUUCGCAACAAUGAUUCAAAUCCGUUCCGGGUCAAUUCACCCGCUUUUCUUUCUUUUUCCCCUUUCCUCCUCAAGUCAGUCAAUGGCUGGAAAAAAAGAGUUAUUGGAGUCUUUUAUUCCAUAAUUUGCAUUUUAAUUCUCUGCUGGCUAAAAUAAUAUCCCUUCGGUUUCAUUUUAUGUGAUACCUUUUUAAUCUGUUUGAAAAAAGAAUGUUAAACCUCUAUAUUUAAAACUCUAUAUCUAAUCAAAUUAUAUCACAUAAAUUGAGACGAAGAAAAACUUACAGAAUUCGGUUUGUGGUUUUCCUAAUAAGUUUCAAAACUUACACAUGUAUUACUUGAUUUGCCCUCUUUUUAAGCUUUUGGAAACGUCUUGCUCUCAGGAAGUCGGUUAAUGCUCCCCGAAAGCACAACUCAAAUAAUAUUCGGCAUCUGUCUAGUACAUUGGUCGAUGCUUUAAUGGUGCUUUUAUUCAUCAGAAGAAGCAGAAGCAUAUUUAUCUCACCUGUUAGUUGUGCACUUGAACGGGACUGGAAGGUUAUGGUACACGAGUGGGUGAAGGCUAUAGCAGCAUUUCAAGAAAGCACCCCUGAGUCUAUGAAAGCAUCUGUUGUUGAUGAAGAGGAGGAAGGACUUCCUUCCCCGCCCUUGGAGGACUUAGCUUUCGUUUCUACUCAGACCACUUCAAUCGAGUUUUCAAAAUUCUUUGAUGGCAUGGAUGACGAUGGAAAUCUUCAAAGCAGCGGGGAAUUCAACAAGAGCCAUGAAAAUGGCCGGAAAGCAUCGGUGGAGAACAAUAAUCCUGUCCGGAAGGAGCGGGUUACCGAGUGCGUCACUGUUGCUCCAAAGGACAAGAAGGGCGAGCAACCAAAGAAAAAAACAUUAGUUGUCAAACCAAAUAAGCCUUCCGGAGGCGAUUCAAGACCUGGAAGACCGAUAAAACCAAAAUUAGAAAGGCAGCUCAACAUUGUCAAACCAAAUAAGCCUUCUCGAGGCGAUUCAAGACCUGGAAGACCGAUAAAACCAACAUUUGAAAGGAAGCUCAAUGGUGAUGAAAGGAAACUCCUGCAGAAAUCUGACAAAAGCAAAAUUCAAAAGAGGCCUGUGCCUAUCCAACAAAAUAGAUUGAAAUGUCCAGAUGAGGACGCAGCUCAUGUGAAACUUGAGUCGACAUAGAGAAAGCUCCAGGAGCGUUACCAAGAAGCUGAGAAGGGCAAGAGGCAGCGGACAAUUCAGGUUAUGGAGUUGCACGACAUUCCCAAACGGGUCCUCCAAAAAAAAUGUCCCGGCCUUAGAAAUCCUCAUACGAGACUGGGUAACCAUAAUAGUCAUUUGGUAAAUGGGCGUCAGUGAAUCAUUUCUUCGCCUUUGCAGAGCCUUGCUGAUCUCAAUUAAUCACUCAAAACAUAGUGGGUCUCAUCUAGUUGAACUCUAUAGAUAGAUCUCUCCCGAAUUAGGAAGGCAUGAGUUUUGAAAUGUUGUCGAGUUAUACAUUUUCCUGAAAAAUACAGGACAAGGUUUGGCACCUUUGUUCUGAAUUUCCUCAUCUGUUGGAAGGACCUGAGUUGUGCCCCCGUUUUCGACGACUGUUUUUUGAACAUUAACACCCGCUCCCCCCCCCCCCCCCCCCCCACACACACACAGAGAAAUGCCCUGAUUUGCAAUUCGCAUAGAAUAAGUGCAUUUUCAUGAGGCUGGACCUUUUUGUAUACAGAUGAUUCAAAUAUGAAAGGAAUACAAAAGUUGUGGACUUAU